AUGGGGACGGUGACAAACCAAGCAGAGCAGCAAACCCAAGUCCAAACAACGCCGGAGGCUAUUGAUUCUUUACUUGAGGCUGCUAGAUAUGAUGAUAUUGAUGAUAUUACAAGUUUAGCAUCUUCUGGGAUUUCUCUUGAUUCUAAAGAUUCACUGGGCAGAACAGCACUCCAUAUGGCUGCAGCUAAUGGACAUCUUGACAUUGUGGAGUAUCUUAUCAGUCAGGGAGUGCUAAGGGUCCAUCGUUCAUUUUCCUUUUCAGGUUUAUGGGGGCUGUGGGUUCUGGAUGCUGUUGAAAGGGCAAGGCAAAAUUGCAUUUCUUGGAAGCAUUUGUGGUCGAAUCCUUUGCUGUGUAUUCCAAGUUACGAUCUCAAUGCUUCUAAUGAGGAGAAAAAUACACCUCUUCAUUGGGCUUGCCUCAAUGGUCAUAUUGAGGUAGUCAAGAAAUUGAUUCUGGCAGGAGCUAGUUUGGGCAUUCUAAAUAGCCAUGAACGGACUCCAAUGGAUGAAGCUGUUACUUGGGGAAAAUUGGAUGUUAUUGAUGCAAUUAAUGCAGCUGUGGCACAAAUGGAACUUGCUGGUGUUACAGUUUCCUAG